CGGGCCGGCUCCUUUUAAUGGUGCGGCGGCCGGGCCCUCCCGUGGCCCAGCGCAGCCGAGGACCGCACCAGCAUGUCGGGAACCCGAGCCUCCUCCAAUGACCGGCCCCCCGGUUCGGGCGGCGUCAAGCGGGGGCGGCUGCAGCAGGAGGCGGCGGCCACCGGCUCCCGGGUGACCGUGGUGCUGGGCGCGCAGUGGGGGGACGAGGGCAAAGGCAAGGUGGUGGACCUGCUGGCCACGGACGCCGACAUCAUCAGCCGCUGCCAGGGCGGAAACAACGCGGGCCACACGGUGGUGGUGGACGGCAGGGAGUACGACUUCCACCUGCUGCCCAGUGGCAUCAUCAACACCAAGGCCGUGUCCUUCAUCGGCAAUGGGGUGGUCGUCCACUUACCCGGCUUGUUUGAAGAAGCAGAAAAGAAUGAGAAGAAAGGUCUGAAGGACUGGGAGAAAAGGCUCAUCAUCUCUGACCGCGCCCACCUGGUGUUUGACUUUCACCAGGCGGUGGACGGGCUGCAGGAAGUACAGCGACAGGCGCAGGAGGGGAAGAAUAUCGGCACCACCAGGAAGGGGAUCGGACCUGCCUACUCCUCCAAAGCGGCCCGCACGGGCCUCCGCAUCUGUGACCUCCUGUCGGACUUUGAUGAAUUUUCCGCCAGAUUCAAGAACCUGGCUCACCAGCACCGGUCCAUGUUCCCCACCCUGGAAGUGGAUGUUGAAGGUCAACUCAAAAGGCUCAAGGGCUUUGCUGAGCGGAUCCGACCCAUGGUCCGAGACGGCGUCUACUUUAUGUACGAGGCACUCCACGGCACCCCCAAAAAGAUCCUCGUGGAAGGUGCCAACGCAGCCCUCCUUGACAUUGAUUUCGGGACCUACCCUUUUGUGACAUCAUCCAACUGCACCGUGGGCGGCGUGUGCACGGGCCUGGGCAUCCCGCCACAGAACAUAGGCGAGGUCUACGGCGUGGUGAAGGCCUACACCACACGCGUGGGCAUCGGCGCCUUCCCCACCGAGCAGAUCAACGAAAUCGGGGACCUGCUACAGAGCCGUGGCCACGAGUGGGGGGUGACCACGGGCAGGAAGAGGCGCUGUGGCUGGUUGGACCUGAUGAUUCUGCGAUACGCGCACAUGGUCAACGGCUUUACCGCGCUGGCCUUAACAAAGCUGGACAUCCUGGAUGCCCUGGACGAGGUCAAAGUCGGUGUCUCGUACAAGCUGAAUGGGAAGAGGAUCCCCUAUUUCCCAGCUAACCAGGAGAUACUGCAGAAGGUCGAGGUCGAAUAUGAAACACUGCCUGGGUGGAAGGCGGACACCACGGGCGCCAGGAAGUGGGAGGACCUCCCCCCGCAGGCCCAGAACUACAUCCGGUUCGUGGAGAAUCACGUCGGAGUGGCAGUGAAAUGGGUUGGUGUCGGCAAAUCAAGAGAUUCCAUGAUCCAGCUGUUUUAGACAAGCAGAGCUGACCCCGGCAGGCCGCAGCGUCCCAUCCGGCAUCAUCAGCCACAAAAUCAGCGCCGUAAACUAAGAGUUAGGGAAACCAUUUUCUGUACUUUUAUAUUUCUCUCCAAGCCUUCAGCUCAACCACUGAUGUCUACAGUGACUCAAACAUCUGACAGCCAGGGCUGUGGACAGUUGUUGUUUGUUUUUUUUUUUAAAUCCUGCUAUUUAAAAUGAGCCCAAGUACUCAAAACAGAGAACUUUUAUGGCACGUUAAUUGUCACAUGGCUGUAUGGCCGGUUGGAGCUCAGCAAUAAACAAAUCUAGUAGCCACUGAAUGGUAGUGGUCGGUA